UGGUUCAACAUGCCUGCAAUCCUGAAGGGCUGGAUGGACAGAGUCUUGGUCCAAGGCUUUGCUUAUGAUUUGUCAAAGGCUUACGAUGGUGGCUUGCUCCAGGACAAAUUAUCCUUGUUUUCUUUCACCACGGGAGGAAGCAAAGAGAAGUAUGCAAUCAGAGGUGAUAUUCGCUAUCUGCUAUGGCCCAUGCAGCAUGGAAUCAUGCACUUCUGUGGUGUCAAAAUCCUUGAACCUCACAUCUGUUAUGCUCCAGAGAAUGUCUCCGAGGAGAAGAGGAAGGAGAUGCUGACUGCCUGGGCCCAGCGUCUGAAGACUCUUUGGAAGGAAGAACCCAUAGACUGCUCUCCUGAGUGGUAUUUCAAGUAGUGUUCAGGUGCAAGACUACAGAGAAAAGAUGGGUUUUUUUCUUAAUUCUUUUUGAUGUUCUAUCUAAAUACAUGAACUCUAAUCUCCUAAAUCAAAUAUAUUUUAAGAAUCUUGAAUACUACAUCUAGAAGUUUAACUGAUUAUUAUAAAGUAGCAUUUAUCUUCACUGAAUCCCAAGGGAUUCCCUUCAAGGAUGGGUUCAAAACUCUUUGUGUUGUUCUCCUUGCUCACAUGAACAGUGUCAUUCUGCCUCCUUGUGGAUGAGAACACGUGUGAUAUUUCAUGGCAGAUUAUGCCAUUGCUGCUUGUCAAACAGUGAAGUACAUGGCCAACUUAAUUUUA